UAAAAUUAAAACUUGUUCAUUUCUUCUCUUGGUAAUUAUGGACAACAAAAAGAAAAGCAAUGGGAGUAAACAUUUUAAGUUUAGUUGGUUUUUAUAAAUAUGUGCAGAAUUUUUUGUUAAUCGUAAAAAUAUGGAACGUACUAAAUUAUUGACAAACGAAAAAGAUAAUAACUAAUCGAAGAUAAGAUCCAACGCAGUAGGUUGCAUAAUAAACACUUUUAUUAUUCAGUGGUGUUCCUCCGUUGGUACAAUAUAAUAUAUAAAGUCAGAAAAAAUACCUUACGAAAAAUGACUACCAAGGAAGUGUCUCAAGGCUCCCAAGGAUCUGUCAUAGAAAACCAAGAUUGGUUAUUUACUGUUGUGGCACCUAAUGUGGGACAUAAAGAAAAAGUUUUCAUCACAGGCAAUACACCAGAACUCGGGGAAUGGGACCACAAAAAAAUUAUUCAACUUGAUAAUAAAGAAGGUACUAAUUUGUGGACAAAAUCUAUUAGGAUUCCUAAUUCUUGUGAUGUCCACUACCGUUAUGCCAUAUGUUCCGUAAAUGAACUAUCUAAUGAAACUAUUGUUUGUAAAUGGGAGACAAAUAUUCAGCCAAGAGUUAUUAAAGAAUCUUUGUUGCAUCCCACAGUUGAUGUGUUUGGGGAGUUUGAUGGAAAAAAUAAUGUUGGAAGAGGAUGGCUAACUUCUCAGACUUUAGUUCAAUUUAAAUUUUUGAGCAAUUCCUUGAAGUUAAAAAGUCGCUUAGCAGGUAGACCAAUAAAUAUCAAAGUGACACCUGUGAAAUUAUCUUUUGGUGCUGAUGCUACUAUAGACGAAAACUCUCUUAGCACCGAUACAGGUGAUUUAGAAAUUCCAGCAGGGGUCUGUGUUGAAGUUGCUACAUUAGAUAAUGAUCCAGCAAUUUGUCAAUUGAAGCCUCAAGAUCAAUUUGGGCGUGAAUAUAAAGCAAAUGAUUUGUUACUUAUUAAUGUAUCAGCCCCUGUACCCAAAAGUCUGGCAUACUUAAUAGACUUUUAUUCAUACAGCUCCAAUGCUCAUGAAGCAGAUCCACCGUGUCAUAUAGGCUAUACAUAUGUAUUGCCUAAUAUGUUUAAACCCUCUGAGGGCUCACUGGAGCUGCCGGUCACCUGUAAUGUCAAACAUAGACCUCUUGGAACCAUUAAUUUUGAGUACCUGAUUAUUUCUCCCAUGGAAGAACACCUUUGUAACUUAUCAGUAUCUUUUGCCAAACAUUGGGACCCUACUUGGACUGGCCUCGAAGUUGGUCACAGAGGACUAGGUGCAAGUUUUAAAACUAAAGAAGGUAAUGCUAUUCGUGAAAACACAAUAGCUUCUUUAAAAAAAGCAGCAGCCAGUGGGGCUGAUAUGUUGGAAUUUGACGUCCAGCUAAGUAAAGAUAUGAUACCCGUUAUUUAUCAUGAUUUCCAUGUCUGUAUUUCAAUGAAACGCAAAAAGGAAGUUGAUUACAAUGAGAUGCUAGAAUUGCCAGUGAAAGAUCUGACCCUAGAGCAUUUGCAGAAGUUAAAGGUAUAUCAUUUAGUGGAAGGAAGAAAUCAUGAGACUUUAUUUUUUGAUGAAGAUUUGGAGGAACAUCAACCUUUCCCUACUCUAGAAGAGGCUUUAAAAUCAUUGGAUGAGCAUGUCGGGUUUAACAUUGAACUCAAAUGGACAAUGGAAUUAAAUGAUGGCACUUUUGAGUUAAACAACCCUUUUGACAUGAAUGUUUAUGUUGACAAGAUUUUAGAAGUGGUCCUCAAGUAUGGCGGAGAGCGACGCAUUGUCCUUUCGUGCUUCAACCCAGAUAUCUGUACCAUGGCUCGAAACAAGCAGAACAAGUACCCUGUCAUGUUUCUCACCGUAGGCGUUACUGAGAAAUAUCAACCGUAUCGCGAUCCUCGCUGCCUGUCGAUUCCUGCCGCCGUUCAGAAUGCCAUCAGCUCGGACAUCCUGGGAAUCGUAGUUCAUACAGAGGAUUUGCUGAGAGAUCCAACACAGGUAAAACUUGCUACUGACGCUGGACUAGUAAUAUUUUGUUGGGGAGACGACAAUAAUGACAAGAACACUAUAAAAAAGCUGAAGGAACUGGGCCUGCAUGCAGUGAUAUAUGACAAACUGGAUCAAUACAUCACCAAAGAAGUUAAGGAGAGUAUAUUCUUGAUGGAGGCGCGGGAAUCCCAGCGCGAGCUGAUGCGCCUGGCCGCGGACGCCCUGCCCGACGCCCCGUCCAGCGCCCAAGAGCCAGCUGGCGGAGCCCACCUGGUCACCCGGCGCCAGCUCGACUCCACGGUCACCUCGCUCGAGUCCCUCGCCUCCUCCAUCGAUAUAAAGGACGAACCCGACAAAAACUUGAAGCGCAACAGAGAUCUCAUCAUGAAAAUCGACAAGGAACUCCAAGUCAAGGAGCAGCGCUCCUCGUUCAAGGGUCUAUUCAGUACCGGCAAAGCUUCGCCAAAGAAAUCGCGCAAAGAUAACUAGAAUUACGCCCAAAGAAUUGUAUAUUUUUAAUGCAAACUUGUUUUAUAUGACUUGAUCCAUUUUAAUUUUAAAACAUUUAAACUGUAAAGUUUUCGUAUAACUUGUUAUUAAAUUAUUCGUAGCUCCAUAAGGAGGGGACUAUUAUUGUGUAGUAAUACUAUAAAUUGGAUUGGCUUCUUAAAGUUUCAUGGGAUAAAGGGGUCAGUUCUCCAUUAAAAAUGUAUCAAUUAUAGUAUAGUAAAAAAUUU